GGUUGAAAACGGCAAGAACUGUACGACAACUAACAGUAUCCACCCACAUCGAAUUGUGAUUGGCGCCAUUACACCAGUCACCGAGGUCCUAUGAAGUAGAGGAAAGCAGUAUUGAGACGGAGAGUCAGAGCCACCGACCUGUUGAGAGUGUGAGAGAGAGAUAGCAGUAGAGGAAAGCGAGUCGACAAAGAUGACGGAGGAAGUCUCAUUGAUGGAUGUCGACGAGGAGGAGAAUAACAACUGGAACCAGUCUUACAAGCCUUACCGUGGGAAAAAAGUUGUCGUUUCCGACGGCAAGGCCACCCCGUGGGUCGAGAAGUACCGCCCCCAGUCACUCGCCGAUGUGGCUGCUCAUCGUGAUAUUGUGGAAACAAUUGAUAGGCUGACCAGUGAGAACAGAUUACCCCAUUUGCUGUUGUAUGGUCCUCCUGGCACGGGCAAAACAUCAACCAUUCUUGCCGUGGCACGCAAGCUUUAUGGAGCACAAUACCACAACAUGAUUCUUGAGCUGAAUGCAUCAGAUGAUAGGGGAAUUGAAAUUGUGCGGCAACAGAUCCAAGAUUUUGCUAGCACUCAGAGUUUUUCAUUUGGUGCAAAAUCAUCUGUAAAGUUAGUCUUACUGGAUGAGGCAGAUGCUAUGACAAAGGAUGCUCAGUUUGCACUGCGUAGAGGUACAAAUUUCCAUAUUCACAUUAUUAUAUUUUUUCAAAAUAAAAUGCUGAAACUUAUAUUUUUUUUAAUGUUUUUUCUGUGUGAUCGAAAAGUUGUUUUUGACAGCAAUAAGUUAUUCACAUCUAGUGCUCAGAAGUGUGAGAUCUCCUUGGAAAUGUUGUCUGCUGGGGCUAGGUUGGAUGUUCAUGAGAGCGGCAUAGCGGCACUUGUACGGCUUAGCAAUGGUGACAUGAGAAAGGCUUUGAACAUCUUGCAGUCAACACAUAUGGCAUCUCAGCAUAUUACAGAAGAAGCUGUAUACCUGUGCACUGGAAACCCAUUGCCCAAAGACAUUGAGCAAAUAUCUCACUGGCUUCUGAAUGAAUCAUUUACGGAGAGUUUCAAACGAAUAUCUGAAAUCAAGACAAGAAAAGGAUUGGCUUUGGUGGACAUUGUCAGAGAAGUGACUAUGUUUGUUUUUAAGAUUAAGAUGCCAUCAGACGUUCGUAUUCAGUUGAUUAAUGAUCUGGCCGACAUUGAAUACAGGUUGAGCGUUGGAUGCAAUGAUAAGUUGCAAAUGGGAUCGCUAAUUGCUACCUUCACAAGAGCCAGAUCCACACUGGUUGCUGCUGCUGCUGCAUAGGAAUAAUACUUCAAUUUUGAGCAUCUUUCUUCUUUACUGUCAUUUUACCCGAGGUACAUUGCUCAACAGUUCCUCCUGAGAAUCUCAAGGUAUUUUCCAUUUUGGAAUCUUAGGUGCUUGGUUAUGUUGCUUAGGCUCGUGUAUAAUAUAAAACUGUUACUUCCUGUAAUUUGCCGGACAAGGAAUGUCAACCGUCGUAUUUAUCCUUCUAGUUUGAUUGUCCCA